AUGAUGCAAUCAAAAACCGGUCAUCAUGAUUCUCUUCAAUACGUUGGCCAUUCCGGAAAGGCUUACAUGUUGGUAGAAAAGAAAUCAUCAACAUUAUUAAAUGAUCAUCAAGGAUCAUCAUCAACAAACACUGCACAACAUCAAAUGGUGAAAUGUAGUAUUCGGUUGAAAGAAGGAAAAAGCCUUUUAGUGAAGAAACAAUCCGAGCAUACAUUAACGUUUAAAAUUACACCUUUUACCUGUGCCAAGUAUACAGUGCUUUCAUCGGGUGUUCAACGAGUACUUGUUUCUGUAGUGGAAUUAUCGGUGAGUGAUAGCUCUACAUCGUCCGCAACAUCUCCUCCAUCAGCUGCUUCUUCUGCAAAACAGAGUUAUUUUGUACCCGAAUUACAAUUUAUAUUCGGUUCGGAAGAAGAGUCCAAAGAGUGGUGUGACAAAAUAAUGAAUAAUGUUUACUGUUUGUGUGCUGAGCUUGUAACAACCAAAAUUCAGAAAGAUAUACAAACAAGAGCUGUCUCACCGACGCAAGACGUUGUUCCAAAAAUGAAAACAAGCGUUAUGGAGGGUUAUCUCAUUAGAAAAAAUCAAAAACAUCAUAUCAAAACUUAUCAAAAACCAUCAGUAAUAUUUGCAGAAUUAUCAAACAAACAGUUACUAUUUUAUACAUCACACAAAAAGUCAAAGGUUGCAGAUGUUAUUGGAUGCAGAGUGGAUUUUACCCGAGAGAGAUACUUUGUGGAACAUUUAAAAAUUGGAUCAACAACAGCACAAAAAAGCAAUUUUCAUCCGUUAGCAUUUACUUUGGAUGUCACAAAUGAACAAGAACCAAGAGAAAGCUUUGCUUGUCCAUCUAUUACAGAGGCUCAAAAAUGGACUUCCUCACUUGGAACUCCAUCUUCUCCAGAACUGACUGUUAAAACGGAUGGUUUUGAUCACCAUUUAGAAUCAGAAGGUGAUGAAAAAGAUGAAGAAAAAUUAUCGGAUGGAGGUGGCGACGAAGACAAUGGUGAAGAAAUUGAUGAAGAAUUAGCAAUGCUAUUGGGGCUUGGAUGUGAUAGUGGCACAGUAGUCAUUCAUCAAGACGUUCCCACAAAAGAGGAUGUUGUUGGAGAUGCAGUGUUAGAAACAGGAGAACCUGACAUCUUUGGAAAAGGAAAGAAAGGAAAUGUGUUUGGCGAUUCAUUUUGGAAACCACUUCCUGCCUCUGCAACAACACCAAAGGAAGACACUAAAACUCCUCCAAAAUCAAAACUUUCUGAAACUGAAAUGCUGAAAAGACGCGUUGCUGAGCUUGAGAAAUUAUUGGAAGAAAAAACAAGGGAAUGUGAAAGCUUGAAACAACAGCUGAAUUUGCAACAAAAUGCUAAUGUUUGCUGA